GUUCCGUUAGGUGCGCACAGGCGGCCGUUCCUGGCAGUCGUGCUCCGCCAGCCGCCGACGAUGGACACCAAGAAGAAAAUCACAGCGCCCCUUGUCUAUGCUGUUUGCAUCGCUGCCAUCGGAUCUCUCCAGUUUGGAUACAACACCGGUGUCAUUAAUGCACCCGAGAAGAUCAUCCGGAGCUUUUUCAACAAAACUCUGUCAGAAAGAAGUGGGAAGGCUGUCUCCCAAGAACUCCUCACCUCUCUGUGGUCACUUUCCGUGGCUAUUUUCUCAGUAGGAGGCAUGAUUGGCUCCUUCUCAGUCAGUCUGUUUGUAAACAGAUUUGGCAGGAGGAACUCCAUGCUGCUGGUGAAUGUCUUGGCCUUUACUGGAGGCCUUCUCAUGGCCUUCUCUAAGGCAGCAAGAGCAGUGGAGAUGUUGAUUAUUGGCCGCUUUGUUAUUGGUGUCUUCUGCGGCCUCUGCACGGGCUUCGUGCCCAUGUACAUCAGUGAGGUCUCACCCACCAGCGUGCGCGGAGCCUUCGGCACCCUCAACCAGCUGGGCAUCGUGGUGGGCAUCCUGGUGGCUCAGAUCUUUGGACUGGAGGCAAUCAUGGGCACUGAAGGACUUUGGCCAAUGCUUUUGGGUUUCACGAUCCUCCCAGCAAUUAUGCAGUGUAUUGGUCUUCUGUUCUGCCCUGAAAGCCCCCGUUUCCUACUGAUCAACAAGAUGGAGGAGGAGAAAGCUGAAGCAGUUCUGCAGAAGCUCCGUGGUGAUCGAGAUGUGUCUCAAGACAUCCAGGAGAUGAAAGAUGAAAGUGCAAAAAUGUCCCAGGAAAAGAAAGCAACUGUGCCGGAGCUCUUCCGUUCUCCAAACUACCGUCAAGCCAUUAUCAUCGCCAUCAUGCUGCAGCUGUCCCAGCAGCUCUCAGGCAUCAACGCUGUGUUCUAUUAUUCUACAGGGAUUUUUGAAAGAGCUGGUAUCACACAGCCUGUCUAUGCUACCAUUGGAGCUGGCGUGGUAAACACAGUCUUCACUGUGGUGUCGCUGUUCCUGGUGGAGCGUGCAGGGCGCCGGACCCUCCAUUUAAUUGGUUUGGGUGGCAUGGCUGUGUGUGCUGCUGUUAUGACUGUAGCUUUAGCCCUGAAGGACACUGUGGACUGGAUCAGAUACAUCAGCAUUGUUGCCACUUUUGGCUUUGUGGCUCUUUUUGAGAUUGGCCCUGGCCCUAUCCCAUGGUUCAUUGUGGCAGAACUCUUCAGCCAGGGCCCACGACCUGCAGCCAUGGCAGUAGCUGGUUGUUCCAACUGGACCUCCAAUUUCUUGGUGGGAAUGCUCUUCCCCUAUGCAGAGAAACUAUGUGGCUCCUAUGUCUUCCUCAUCUUCCUUGUUUUCCUGGUCCUCUUCUUUGUCUUCACCUUCUUCAAAGUGCCAGAGACCAAGGGCAGGACUUUUGAAGACAUCUCCAGGGGCUUUGAAGGACGAGGAGGAAACAAUGGCUCAUCACCCCAGAAGACUCCCAUGGUGGAGAUGGAUAAAGCAGCAGUCUAAGAUCCAUGACACACCCAUUCUUUAACUCGUUCAUGCUUAAAGAGUCAUUAAAGGAAUGAGCAAAGAAAA